CCGCCGACGGAGACGAUCGCUUGGCACUUGCUAGUCGGUGUUGUGACCCGUCGCUGCCCCUGCACUUCUCUCAGCGGCGCCGAUCUCUUGCCCUCGAGCUCGGUUGGGCGCUUCUGAAGUGACAUAAUGAAUUAAUACAUAGUUAUUUCAAAGAAGAAAAAAAAAACUGAAUCAUAAUCGUUAUAACAUUAAUUAAAGCAACAACAACAAACAAAAAAAAAAACUUUCAAGUGCGCGGGGUGUUGCGAACUCGCGGCCGAAGAGAAAUCAAACCUCAGCGACAUCUUGUACAGGUGUUCACGAAGAGGACGUUCAGAUCAAGACACUCAGCUGCCCCCAGCCAUCUGACAUUUUACAGAUUACUUCCUCGGCUGCCAUGACGGAGGCGGAGGAGAGGCCACGAGCGCGAGGAGCCGUCACAGAAGCCGCCUCUGGCCAGGACGCUGCGUGCUAGUGACGCGGGCGAGGGAGCGAAGGACGGCGAGGCGAGGUGGGGCGGACGCGGACCUCCUCGGCGCCCACUGACUCGAGCUUAGAGCGCUUCGAACGAGUCCCGAGUCCGGAGACGGAGCGCGUCGGUCGAGGUCGAGGCGGAGGACGUUUUUGGGCGCCUCCCGGGACGCGGGCGCGAGCGUGCUGGGGCGCGAAGGUGAUGGUGAGAGCGGAGCGUCUGCUGCGAACUUCGACGUCGUGAUCAGACUCAUGAGCAAGUUGUGAUAGUCAGCCCGCUCGACCUCGACGCCAUGACGGUCCAGGUCAACACGUACUUCCGGCUGGCGCUGGUGCUGACCGCCGUGCUGGGCCUGUGCGCCGCCACCGACCUGCACAACAGCCUCAUCAACUCCUCCACGCUCGAGGUGAACGAACCCCGCAGGGAAGACAAGGGCCGCAAGGUGAAGACGGCCCGGACGAAGGACGCGCUCGUCGUGCAGACCAAGACGGGCCUCGUGAGGGGCUUCAGGGAGAAGGUGCUGGGCGAGUACGUGGACGUGUUCCUGGGCAUCCCGUUCGCCAAGCCACCCCUGGGAGACCUGCGCUUCAAGAAACCUGUUCCCAUCGACCCAUGGCAUGGCAUAUUUGACGCCACGACUCUACCCAAAUCCUGCAUCCAGGAGGCCUACGCUUCGUUCCCCGACUUCGAGGGCGAGGAGAUGUGGAACCCCAACACCGAACUCUCUGAGGACUGCCUCUACCUGAACCUGUGGGUGCCCGCCAGCCUGCGCGAGCCGGGGGCGAAGCCGGCGGAGGUGCUGGUGUGGAUCUACGGAGGCGGGUACAUGGCCGGGACGUCCACCCUCGAGGUGUACGACGGCGACCUCAUGGCCGUCGCAAACAACUUCAUCGUGGCCUCCAUGCAGUACCGCGUCGGGGCCUUCGGAUACAUCUACCUGGACAUCGACGAGGCUCCGGGCAACCAGGGCAUGUACGACCAGGCCCUCGCCAUGAAGUGGAUCAAGGACAACGCCCCCUACUUCGGCGGGAACCCCGAGCGCAUUACGCUCUUCGGCGAGUCGGCCGGCGCCAGCUCCGCCGCCUUCCACCUGCUGUCGCCCGUGUCCAUCGACCUGUUCGACAAAGUGAUCCUGCAGUCGGGCGUCCCCAACAACCCCUGGGCCAUCAUGUCCGCCGACAAGGCCUACGACAUCGCCCUCAAACUCGUCGACGACUGCAAGUGCAACUCGUCGCUGGUGGCCGAGGACCCGUCGCGCGUGAUGGAGUGCAUGCGGCGAGUGGACGCGUCCACCAUCUCCAUCGAGCAGUGGAACAGCUACGGCGGCAUCCUGCAGUUCCCGUCGACGCCCAUCGUGGACGGCGCCUUCCUGCCCGACGACCCUAUGGAGAUGAUCCAAAGGGGCGAGUGCAAGAAGACCGAGGUGCUCCUCGGGUCCAACAAGGACGAAGGUACUUUCUUCAUACUUUACGACUUCUUGAAAUACUUCAAGAAGGACGGCGAGAACCAUCUAAGAAGGGAGGAAUUUUUGGAGAUCAUAAACGAAAUUUUCAAGGACUGGUCGGCGGUGGAGAGAGAGGCCAUCAUUUUCCAGUACACGAGCUGGGAGGACAUGGAGAACGGCUACCUGAACCAGAAGGCCGUUUCGGACGUCGUGGGCGAUUACUUCUUCGUGUGCCCGACCAACCUCUUCGCCCAGUUGUAUGCUGAGAACUGCGACGAUGUCUACUACUAUUUCUUCACGCAUAGGACCUCCAUCAACCCCUGGGGCGAGUGGAUGGGUGUCCUUCACGCUGACGAGAUCAACUACGUGUUCGGGCUGCCUCUCAACAGGUCCAACGGCUACACACACAGCGAAGCGGAAUUCUCGCGUCGACUUAUGCAGUACUACAAGAAGUUUGCUGCUACAGGACGCCCUGUGGACUACGAGGACGAGUGGCCAGUCUACACGCGCGCCCACCCCCGCUACUACGAGUGGAACCCAACGAGCCGUAGCGUGGGGAAAGGGCCCAGGGCGACAGCAUGCGCCUUCUGGAACGAACUCAUGCCGAUGCUGAGGGAAAAGCAGACUGGCGGCAUCUGCGAGAGCGAAAUGCAGAAAGCACUGAACUCCGCGCCUGCGUUCGGAUCCUUCCUGCUGGCUUGGAUCACCUGCUUUUUUACUCUUUCUCUCUUUUAGAUAUUUUGUAUGAUUUAUGAAAAGCA